GUCCUGGAUGCCCAGCUCUUUCCAUUCAGUGAUCAGCACUGAAAACAAAACACACAAUGGAUUUGGUACUGAUUUGGGUUUUCCUUGUUGUUUUAUUAAAAGGUGUCCAGUCUGAGGUGCAGCUUGUGGAGUCUGGAGGAGGCCUGGUGAAGCCUGGGGGAUCCCUGAGACUAUCCUGUGUAGCCUCUGGAUUCACUUUCAGUGAUUACUGGAUGAACUGGGUUCGCCAAGCUCCAGGGAAGGGGCUGGAGUGGGUUGGAGAUAUUAAUAAAGACAGCAGUACUAUAAACUAUGCACCAUCUGUGAAAGAUCGAUUCACCAUCUCCAGAGACAAUGCCAAGAACACUCUGUACCUGCAAAUGAGCAGUGUGAGAUCUGAGGACACAGCCACUUAUUACUGUGCUAGAUACACAGUGAUGGGACUUCAGUGUCAACUUAGACAUAAACCUCACUGGAUUCUGUCCCAGAUUCAGCUUCAGGAGUCAGGACUUGGCCUGGUGAAGCCAUCACAAUCACUGUCCCUCACCUGCUUUGUCACCGGUUACUCCAUUACCAAUGGUUACCUCUGGAGCUGGAUCAGACAGUCCCCAGAGAAGAAGUUGGAGUAUAUUGGGUACAUAAAUAGUGCUGGUAGUACUUAUUACAACCCAUCACUUAAGAGCCACAUCUCCAUCACUAGAGACACAUCCAAGAACCAGUUCUUCUUGCAGUUGAACUCUCUGACAACUGAGGACACAGCCACAUAUUAUUGUGCAAGAGGCACAAUGAGGGAAAUUCAGCAUUAG